AUGUUGCGUUUGGUGUUGCUGUUAGCAGUGUUUUCCCUGGUCAGGGCGCAAACCACAAACGUUGAGCAAUGUGUGAUACAUCAAGGAGCCUUGCCUGUAAAUACGUAUGUUGAAGGAUGCUUAAACCCUCCGUGCUUCGUAGAACCCGGCGGUGAUGCAGUCCUUCACCUGAUCUUCAAUGCGCCUCACUUAAUCACAAGUAUGGAGACUCUAGUUACGGUGGAAGUGCCUGGCCUCGGAGUGCUACAAUUUCCCCUUGAAGAAUAUGCUGUAACCUGCAACUUCCUCACCAAUAGCUACUGUCCCAUUCUCCCCGGCGAAGUCCUUCAGUACUCUCUAAGACUGAAUAUACCUGCCAUUAUUAGUUCUAUCACCGUUAUGAUUGAAUUCUAUGUGGUCGACGAACAUAAAAACACUGUUAUGUGCCUCCGCGUACCUGUCACUGUGCCAUAA